AUGGGCAAGCGGCAAGGGGCCGUGCUGAUCAUCGGCCGCGGCACCGACGUUGCCUUUCAUCUCGACGAAGACUCUCCCCUGGAUCAGGUCACCCUCGAACUGGACGCGGAGCUGGCAGGGCAUAGUGGGCUGUUCUCCGAGGGUGGAAUCACUGUCAACACUGGGAAGCGCACGCUGAACGAGGAGCAAGAGGACGAGAUUCGGCGCAUCUUCCGCGAAAAGUCCGGCCUGAAGAUCGCCCGGUUCGUAUCUUCAAACCAAGCUUCUGCAGACAGACAUCCUGAAGACACCCUUCCCGUCCGGGAGCCAAAGCCCAGGGCCGUAGAACCUCCGGUGCGCCGCGCCAGAAGGACCUCCACGCCACUGGCCGAAUUCUCCUCAGCCGACCUCGCCCGGGCUCUCAGCGGCCUCUCCUCCCAGAGUCAACGCAAUCGCCAACACGCAAUGGUUGUUCGCGGCACCAUACGGUCCGGAGAGUCCGUUAGCCAUUCCGGUGAUCUGGUCGUCCUGGGAGACGUGAACCCAGGAUCCGAAGUCGUCGCUGACGGCGACAUCAUCGUGAUGGGGGCCCUCAAAGGGCUGCCUCACGCUGGCGCAGCGGGCGACAGCAAGGCCGCCAUAAUCGCGCUGGAGAUCGCCUCGCCUCGCGUUCGCAUCGGAAACUGCAAUGCCGAUGCACCGGCGUCGGGCGACACAGGAAGUAGGAAGCGAAAGAAGGAGACCUCGGACAAUCAACCCAAGAUCGCAUAUGUACGACGUGGAACGGUCUACGUCUCGCCAUUCGCUGGUCGUUUCGCCAGAUACAUGAAAGGGGGUACCUUAUGA